AUGCGGCAGCAACAGGACAUGCGUGCACUUAUGAUGGAGACCCUACAAAAUAGGGAUCAUAGGGAGACAUCACGAGACAGAGAUGGCAGGGGUGCAGACAUUUUCGAAUGGUUCCAAAGGCUCCAACCAUCGACGUUCGAAGGGGCACCCGAUCCAGUACAGGCAGAACACUGGCUAACAAGGAUUACCAAGAUGAUGAGGCCACUGGAAUGUUUUGACACUCAGAUGGUGAAUUUGGCCACAUACAUGUUAGAGGACAAAGUAAAAAACUGGUGGCAAAGCUUACAGCGGGGAGUUCUAGCCACAUAUGCAUGGACAUGGGUAGGGUUCAAGAUGAAGUUCCUGGAGAAGUACUUCCUUUGGUCAUGCAGGAAUGAGAAGAUAGCCCAAUUUUUAAAAAUGGAACAGGGCAGUAUGACCGUUGCCCAGUAUGAGGCCCCAUUUGAUGAGCUCUCUCGAUUUGUGCCCAAGGCCUUGGAGGAUACGGAGUACAAACUACAGAAGUUCAAGGAGGGGCUUAGGCCAGGAAUUCAGUCACGACUAUGCACCUGGGAUUUUGGGGACUUCGCGAAGAUGGUGGAUAAGGCCAUGAGGGUUGAGAAAGACUUUGAGUGCACCAUGAGGACUUGCCCCCUAGCUAGGGACACCCUAGCCAAGCUUAGACAGGUGUCUCCUGCCCCACCAGCACUAGAGAGGAGAGUUAGAGUCAUACCUAUAGGCGCUCCACCCAUGCCUCCCAGAAGGAACUGCGAUUACUGCCACAGAGGUGGGCACCAUACGCGGAACUACUUCAAGAGAAUGAGGGAUGAGGGCAUCUCACCACCAGCGAAUCGCCCCCAACCGAACCCGGCAACAGCCAGAGCGGCACCUAGGCCGUAA